GGAACAAGUGACGGCGGCAGCGGAAUAUCGUUCGGGGCCUUGUCUUUUCCUGUUCUGUCUCAAGAAUAACUUCUAGAUAGACCAUAACAAUGUCUUGGUUUCUGAUAGCAUUCUUGUUCCUGAGUUUCGUAUUUAGUAUCUCCAAAGCCACUCACGAGAAUAAGCUUCCUUCCACCGUGGUCGUCGGCACGGUCUACUGCAACACAUGCUUCACGCAAGGGUUCUCGAAGGCCAGCCACUUCAUUCCAGGAGCAUCUGUGGCAGUCGAAUGCAAAGACGGAAGCGCCAAACUGAGCUUUCACAAAGAAGCGAAGACUGACGAGCAUGGGGAGUUCAAAGUCUCCUUGCCCUUCUCCAUCGGCAAGCACGUGAGAAGAAUCGAGGGUUGCUCUGUGAAGUUGAUCAGCAGCAGCGAGCCAAACUGCGCCGUGGCCUCCCCGGUGACUUCGUCCUCCCUCCAUUUCAAAAUGAGAAAGAACGGAGACCACGUGUUCUCGGCCGGGUUCUUCACGUUCAAGCCCCUGCAACGACCCAAACUGUGCAACGAAAAGCCGAGCUCAGAAUUCGGCUCCGAGAAAGACUUCAGGUUUCCAGCUCCUAGUUAUGAUCCGACGUUCCCCCCUCCACUUCAAGACCCUCCCACGCCGUACCUCCCACCAUUGACCAACCCGGUGCCUUCGAUCCCGCUGCUUCCCCAGCUUCCGCCGCUGCCGCAACUCCCUCCUCUACCUCCUCUUCCAGGGCUCCCCAACCUGCCCCCAGGUUUCUGGCCACCUUCCAGAGGCAAACCCGGCAACGACAGUUCCAAGCCCAUGCUCGUCAGUCCAUCACUUGAUCGAGAGACGAGUUCAUCGAAGCUCUUCACUACUCAUCAUUUGGCAGAAAACCCAUUUCAGCCGGACCCAGUCCUGCCACCGAACCCUCUCCAGCCACCAUUGGAGCCGGUGACCCCACUUCCGCAAAUUCCAGGACUACCAACCCCUUUGCCGCCCUUCCCGGCUCCCCUUCCUCAACUCCCGCUCCAGCCUCCGCCGGGCUUCCCGGGAGUCCCACCCGCUUCGUCUCGUCCAACGAAGACUACUCCUUGAUGGAGCAUGUGGCACUUAACAUAUGUCCACGUGAAGCUCUCUCGGAGAGACUAUACGCACCUUGUGUAUCGUCCGUUUUCUUUCGUGGCCUUUCUAUGAUCCGGUAAUGGCGUUGUGGAGGAAGUGGCUGGAGGAUUCGGAUCUGAUGUUGUAGGGGAAGUUUGUUGGGCUUCUUUUAUAUUGUAACCUGCGAAUAAUAAUGCUAAAAAUAACCUUCCAUUUGCACAAGCUGCA